AUGUCAAAUCCUAUCCGUACGGUCAUUGCGAAUGAUGGAAUGACGAAUGUGAACCAUUCACUCAUGAAUCAUCAUCAAUCCAAUCAUCAUCAUCAUCAUCAUCCAAAUUCAACAACAGAUGAACAUUUAAUCCUUCCCAAAUUUCAAAAGAGUGGUGGGGGACAAGAGCUUGUCACAACAAUGAAUAACAACCAUCAUCAUCAUUACCAUUCUCGAAGAGAAAACACCACUUACGGAAUGACAACUCUCAUUCCUCAUCAUCAGAAUUUUCAAGAAAAUUCACAACCAAAUUCUUCACAAGCUCAACAAGACGAGCAAUUUCGAAUGACAUCUUCGACGGUGGUCGAUGUUGGAGGACUUGUGGUUGUUGGUUCGACGAAUCACGAGACACCUAUGAAUGUAGCAGUGUCAAAUGUCAAAGCGGAAAAGAAAGAUCAUCGAAAACAUAAGAGACUGAAAAAGACGCUUCAAGAUCAACAUGACCACGACAAUGAUCCUACAGAAAAUGAUAUUGAUCUUGUAGAUGAUUUACAUUUCACACCUGAUGAAUUGGAAAUGUUAAAAAGUGAUCAUCAUGUCAAGAAAAAAAAUCCACAAGAUCAAGAAAAUCAUUCAUCUUCAAGUUCUCACUCAAUUUCACACAGUUAUGAAGCAACUCGUCCUCGACUCACUAUUGAACAGCAACAACACAUACUCGUUUCCCUUCACGCCUUAAAUCUCAAUGAAAUGCAACGAAAAGAAUUACGUUUAUUGGGAGAUGUCAUGCAAAAAAUUACACAAGAUGAAAUGUUCAAAUGCACCACGUUUGAAUCAGUGAAUAUUUAUUUAUUUAUUUUAAUCAUUUCAGCAACUGCUUCUGCUUUGGGAACUUUAGCACUUGCAUUGAUUUACUUUAUCGUAUUUAGAGGAUCAAUUGCUGAAGCAAUUUUUUCAGCAGCAAUUAGUGGAGUUUUUGUCGUGUCAAUUAUUAGUUGUGUGGGAGUUUGUGUGUUUUAUAACCUGAAAAAUAGACCAAAAAACAAGAAACAAAAAGCAGCAAUUGCGCAUUAUCAUGAAAUUGUGGAGGAAGCGAUUUACAAUAUUGGAACUCGAUUUUUUCCAGAUUUUGAAAUUGAAUUUGAUUACCUUAAUGGGAAACAAGAUGCAAAUGGAGAAAAUGCACUCGAAGAGAGAAAGCGAAGAUUGGAGCGAGCACGAAGGAAUCGCCACAAAAAACUACUCUCUCGAUUUUAUCGUCAACAAAUACAGAUCUAUCUCUCGAAUGGUGAAUCUUUGAUGAAUCUUUCACAACCUCAACACAACAACCAAGCAUCAGCAGCACAGAAACGUGAAACUCAUUUUGAAAAUCCUCUAACGCCCACCACAGACACUAUGUGGUAUUCUGUUUGUUGCAUUUUUGGUGGUUUUUGCACUCUCAUCAUUGUUCUCAUCCUCAUUCUAUUUUCAUUUAUUUGCUUGUUUUUUCCAUUAAUUUUUAAACGUCCUCCUAUUGUUCCAAUAUUUAUCACAAUUCCCAUUCAGGUUGGAUAUGGUGUGGUGGCAGCUAUGGUUUUGGCUUUUUUUAUAUUUUUAUGUUUCUUUUCAUGCACAUUGUAUUGUUAUGCUUUUGCUGGAAAAGAAAAUUCAAAUUGGAAAUGUUUGUGUUGCUCAUUAGAGACGACGCAGACGUCACACUACUCGAAUCCUAUUGAUAAUGUAGAGUUGGGAAAUGUACCAGCGGUCCGUGUCAUUGAAAAUGUUUAA